AAAUUGAAUGCAGGAGAGCACAGCAACACCCAUCUCGAACCAAGUCAGACCAAGAGUCGACCUAUCUCGUCGUUUUUUUAUAACUCUCUUGGAAUCUCAUCAUGGAUAUCCCUAUCCAGUAUCCCUGGUAUCGCCGGGCCUUCCCACAUCGACUUUCUGACCUCUCCUUGGCUGAACCUCUCACUGACUGGCCAAUGAUCUGGCCAUUCUCCUGGUCCUUCCCCUGGAUGCGGCCUUUGUUUAUGCGCUGGUUCAAUUGGCCCGAAAAUGGACACAGUGAGAUGCGCAUUGAAAAGGAUCGCUAUGUCAUUUAUGUGGAUGUGAAGCAUUUCUCCCCUGAUGAGCUGUCCGUCAACGUUAGUGACGAGUUCAUCACGAUACACGGCAAACAUGAAGACAGACAGGAUGACCACGGCUUUGUGUCAAGAGAGUUUCUGAGGAAGUACAGGCUUCCUUCUGGUGUGACAUGUGCCGAGGUCACCUCCAGUCUGUCGUGCGAUGGUGUGCUGACAAUCACAGCACCUCGGUCAUCUCCUGGGCCAGAGCGCAGUAUUCCUAUUUCCUGUGAAGAUGGAACUCAGAAACAGAAAAUGUAGAGCAAUAUCUGACCCCCCUGAUGCUGCUUUCCUACUAACCCUUUAUAUUAUGUUGGCAGUUCAGUACACAUAAAGGCAAGUCGUACAUUUCUAGCUGUCUUCUAAAAGUGCCUUCUAAUAAACCAGUAUCUAACUCCUAAUUCACUAUUGUUGUGUUGUCUCAGCAAAACAGUGGUACUUAAAUGCUGAGCUUGUGUAACAGAGUCUAUUUGACAAAACAAGCUUUUUAGACACAUCAUGGUGAGUUGCAGGAUAUUGAGCUCCUGAGAAUUAAUUUCCUUAUCAUAAGCAAACAGAUUACACGUCUCAGCCAAACAUAGUUACACAGGUAACAGUAAUUUCAAAGACAAAUGCACAACCUCUAUCAGGCAUUUGGAUGCUACACAAUAUCUUUGCCGGGCCUGCACUUCAGUGGCAAAAUUGUUUGUUGGUAACUGAACCCAAACAAGCUUGCAGCACCUAUUGGUUUUGGAUAGAAAUGUUAAUAAUGUAUAGUAGUAUAAAGGCUGUUCAAGAUGGUCCACUGAAGGUGAAAACACACUAACAGCAACUGUUUCAGCACACAGAACAGAGUGGGUGGGUAUUCUGUUUAUUCUGUGAGAACAGCAUUGGUUUCUGUAUGUGUGAGGAGGAGGUUUUCUGGAAGCACAGACAGUCAGUUUUUUUUUUGUUUGUUUGUUUGUUUGUUUGUUUUUUAACUUAAAAAAAAAAAGCCACCAAAGGCCUUGGGACCAGGUGUGUUGAAAGGAAGAAAGAGGGUGAAUGAGCAGGAGGUAAAGUUGUGACCAAGGAGAGAAACAGACAGGGCCCCCUUUUUCACUGGGGAGCAUGACCUCUGAGCCGCUGAGGAUAGUAUGAUUGUGAAUGUAUGUGAACGUGAGCGCAUUUGAACUUGUAGAUGCAAGAAUUACAACUCUGUUAUAUUUGUAAAACUUUCUGACAUAUUAACAACAAAAACAGCAAGUAGAAUAAAUACAGAAAAUCAAAUUCACAGGUCUGUUGUGGGGUUUUUUGGGCCAUUGACAUGAUUUUCUUCUGUCUAUAGCAUUGCUGUCUUUGAAUGGAUUUCACAUAACAUACACU